AUGACGGCAGAAGUAGAAGAAGAUCCACCCAGCAACGGGGAGACGCUGCAAGAGCCGUUGCUCUCUGCCACCAACAAUGAUACUAUCCCAACAUCCAACAAUGACAAUGACAAUAACAACAAGAACAUUACCAUUUCCUGUUGUGGCAGACGCCCGCUAUUGUCUGUAAAUCACAAUGUCUUUUUGAAUUUACUCUUGUGCGUCAUGUACGGGAUUUCGGACAGUCUGUGGAGUGGUACCGUCAUUGCCGCCUAUUUGAAAAAAUUGGGUCACUCCCACAACAGUUGGGUCGGCAAUGUGGAAGCUGCCAAUGGAUUGGCCGGAUUACUGAGUGCCUUGCCGGUGGGGUAUUUGGCGGAUAAAUGUGGUCGAGAUGUCGUCUUGCGAUGGGGCGGAGGUUUGUUGUGUCUCACGGCCGUGUUGCAUGCCGUCUUGUUGGAAUGGAUUGGCACGGAUGAUGAUGAGUCCAGUCGUCCGCAUGUGGAGAUUUUCAUGGGAUGCAUCAUGGCAUUGUGGGGGAUUGGUGGUGGUAUUGUCAUGGGUCCUUCCCAAGCACUCUUUGCCGAUUCGGUGCCCACGGGAAAACGCAGCGAAUAUUUCACGUAUCUCUUCGUCUGCUUUGAAGUGGCGUCUUGUCUGGGACCACUCGUCUCUAUUGGACUCUUUCAAAAAUUAGGAGAUGAUUGGGAUCUAUACGAUUUGAGAAUCAUUAUCUAUGUCGGACUUGCACUCGAAAUUUUAAAUGGAUUUCUCAUGAUGUUCUUUGAUGAUUCCAAGGCAUUGGAUGAACCAGACGAACUACAAAAUAAUGAACAGCAACAACCUUUGCUACUAGAAGAAGAAAGAACCACGGAUGAAGAACAACCCACACCACAAUCUACAUCUUCUUCCGACAACAACAAUAAUAUCAACAAUACACUCAAACGCCGACAAGCAUGGAUUCCCUACAUUUUAUUUGCCCAUUCCCUCGUCUUUGCCUUGGGAUCCGGCAUGACGGUCAAAUUCUUUCCACUCUUUUUCAAAGAUCAAGUCGGCAUGUCGCCCACACAGGUACAAAUUGUAUACCUCAUUGUACCACUCACGCUCGCGGCAUGUUCCGGAUUGGGACAACAACUUGCCAAACGGUUGGGACGAGUUCCCACUGGAUUGCUCUUUAAGAGCUUGGGCGUCGUGGGACUCUUUAGUAUGGUUGUGUUCAAAGAAUACUUGGAUCAACAUGCGCUCUUGCUGGUACCCAUUUAUGUGGCUCGCACGGCACUCAUGAAUGCAUCGUUUCCAUUGGAAGAAUCCAUAUUGAUGGAUUUUGUACCCAAGCAGGAACGGGCGCGAUGGAAAUCGUUGGAAUCCAUUUCCAUUUUUGGAUGGUGUGGGAGUGCCGCACUCGGAGGAUGGGCAUCGGAUCAUGCCCACGAUGAUUAUACCUAUACCUUUUUGAUUACGGCAUGUAUUCAAGUGGUGGGAAUUUUCAUUUGGGCCAUUCUCUUGCCGUUAGUGCCAAUUCACGAAGGAGAACAACAAUCACAACAACAAUCAUCAUCGUCGUAUCAGGCGCCCACGACCGCCACGAAUGGCGGGGCUGCCAUGAUGAGUAUUAGUAGUACUAGUCCCCAAGACACCAUGGUCGAUGCAUUGGCCCAACGAUUUCCUACAUUGACCGUCUCGGAUUGUGCUCGCUUUCACGAGGAAUUUGAAGGCAAUGAUCUCAUUCAAAAGUUGCAAGAAUACGUCGAAUUCCGCAACAUGUACAAGUUGGAUGACUUGAGGGACACAGAUGGCAUACUCAUGGAUCAACCGUUGGAUGACGCGGCCGAUUGGAAAUGGGCAUCGGAUUUGGCCCUGCAAGCCGCCAAAACAAGGCCGUCGCCGUUGAUUCCCGGUGUCGAGGGUCAAUCCAUGGCGGAUCGGGUCUGUAAAUUGGAUACGUUGCCGCAAAUGUGCUUUGCACCGCGCCACGACGAUGGAACGGUCGUGUGCACGGUCGAUGGAGGAAAUCCCAUUAUUACCUAUCUGGCGGCACGGUUGGAUCCCGAUGAAGUCUCAUCGGAAAUUUAUGCACUAUGCAUCACACUCUAUCUGGAGCGAAUCUCAUAUACGCAUUGCUUGGACACGCAAGGUGCCGUGCUGUUGGUCGAUACCCGCAUUGGAACGGGAUGGCCCAAUAAGAGUGUCUUUCAGGCGUUUGGAUUUUUGCAAGUCCUGGCGUCUACAUUGUACAAGACGCAUCCUGGACGAGUGGAAAAGUUUGUAAUUUAUCCUGUCCCUUCGGUCGGUGUCUACGCGUACAAAAUGGUGAAGGGUUGGUUGCCCGGUGACGUUGCAGAGACCAUCAAGAUCAUCAAAGGAAAAGACGGAGUCAAGGAUCAACCUCCCAAAAAAGAGUUGUUACCGUAUGUGACUGAAGAGGUGUUGGAGAGACUGGAGGAAACUCGCAGGGCGCAUUUUGUGACAUGA